CUUUCACCUCUCUUGUCCUUCUACCACCUCCCUCUCCUGUCCAGAGUACUCUGCUUUGUGUGCAAUCAUGUUGCACGUAGGCUGCGCCUGGGCUCUCUGUUUGAUCCUGUAUCUGAGUUUAGGAUGGACCAAGGCCCAGCAGACCAAUUACACCAGGCCUGUGUUCCACUGUGGUGGGGACAUGGUGGGAGAUUCUGGGUUCGUUGGGAGUGAAGGUUUCCCAAGUUUUUACAAACCAAACAGUAAAUGCACAUGGCGUAUCACGGUCCCUGAGGGAAACGUGGUCAUGCUCACAUUCCGAAUUUUUGACAUAGAGGCUGAUUCACAGUGUCGCUACGAUUAUCUGGAUGUUUACAAUGGCAACACCAACUUGGUGCAAAAACUGGGGCGGUUUUGUGGAACAUUUCGACCGGGUGCUCUCAUUUCCACCAGCAACACCAUGAUGUUAGAGAUGGGCACGGAUGGGGAGACACAGGGAAGGGGAUUUGUGGCCUACUUCAGUGGAACCAACCCAGAUGUGGAAGACACACCUUUCUGUGGUGGAAAGACAACCAAAGCCCAGGGAGAAAUCAUGACGCCCAACUGGCCUGAUAAGAAAUACCCAGCAGGAACCAGCUGCUCGUGGCUAAUCACAGUGGAGCCUAACAGGCUGAUCCAUGUGAAGUUUGAUAAGUUCUCCUUGGAGUCUGACACCUACUGUAGGUUUGACUACGUGGCUUUCUAUAAUGGCGGAGAGAAAGACGACUCAAACCUGAUUGGGAAAUACUGUGGCGAUGAGGCUCCACAACCAAUACUCACCAGUGGAAAUGUUCUACUGGUCCAGUUUGUGUCUGACCUCAGUGUCAUAAUGGAUGGCUUCUUUGCCCAGUACACCAGCGUUCCUCAAGGUUUUCAGAUUCCAGCCGUUAACGCCGGAGCUGGUACCAGUACUAUCCCAUCGAAACCGGCAGUCAAACCUUUUGCAAGAGUACGUCCGGCUCCUCCUGUUCAGCCGCCUGCUCCCACAGCUAAGUAUGUUCCACCUCCUCCGCCACCGAAGCCCACUGAAAGACACAGACCAGUAAAUCCUGUCAGAAACCGUGGGCAAGAGAACGCAGGCAAGGAUAGGACGGUCCCAGUGCCAAGGCCUAAUGGAAAGAGACCCGCUGCUCAGAACCCAGCGUGUGCCCAAGCCUGUAAAAGGCAGGGAACAAUUAAGAGCAGUUUCUGCGCCAGUGAAUUUGUGAUAACUGGAAAGGUGACUUCUCUGGCCCCUGGGCCCCAAGGCACUCUCCAAAUUGGUGUGUCCAUAAUUAAGACCUACAAGGCAGGACGAAUGAUAAUCACUCAAUUGGGAGAAACUAUGUCAGUGAAGCUGUUGUCACAGUGCAGGAAGUGCCCGUUGCUCAGACGAGGUGGUGACUUCAUAAUCAUGGGACAGGUGGAUGAGUCAGGACGUGGAACCCUGUCACCGGGUGCAUUCACAGCUCCCUACAAAGCCCCACAUCACAGACUGUUAAUGAACAUCCAAAGCCAAUCCUGUUAAAUUAAAACAUUUGACCCUGCCCCAGAAUUCCAUAAUAUUCAAUGUGAUGCUCAGAACUAUCAAACACAACACUCUGUAAAUCAUAAUGUUAUUUUUUAUCCAACACUAUAAAGUUAUACAAUUGAAUUUUUCAUUAAAAUAACCACAAAAGCCUUCAAUUUGUAAUUUAUAUAUGAAUAAAGGUCUAUAAUAAAAACA